AUGGAGCUGCCCCCGGGGCCUCGCGACGAUCCCAACGCCUGGGACGAUGACUCGGACCCGGAGCCGGAGCCUGACCCAGACGCGCAGGCCGAGGCUUAUGUGGCGCGCGUGCUCAGCCCACCGAAACUAGGACUGGCGCCCCUGCGCGACCCUCCGCUGUCCGCGUCCGCCCGCUGCCCCGGCGCCCUGGAGCCGCGGGCCGCGCCCAAGGGCCGCGCCCUGGGGGUGCCGGGCCUGCUGAGCCUCCCCCCGGAGCUGCUGCUCGAGAUUUGCGCCUACCUGGACGCGCGCCUCGUUCUCCACGUCCUGCCGCGCGUGUGCCACGCGCUCCGCGACCUUGUGCGUGACCAUGUCACCUGGAGGCUCCGCGCGCAGCGCCGCGUACGCGCACCCUAUCCAGUGGUGGAAGAGGAGGACUUUGACUGGCCGGCGGCCUGCAUCGAGCUGGAGCAGCACCUGUCACGCUGGGCGGAGGACGGGCGCUGGGCCGAGUACUUCUGCCUGGCUGAUGGGCACUUUGCUUCCAUUGACUCGGUGCUGCUGUUCCAGGGCGGGGCCUUCUGCCUGUCGGGCUCCCGGGAUCGCAAUGUCAACCUGUGGGACCUGCGGCAGCUUGGGGUGGAACCCAGCCGGGUUCUGGUCAAGGCCCUCGGCACCCAGAACAGCACCCACAAGGGUUGGGUGUGGUCGCUGGCAGCGCUGGACCACCGAGUGUGCUCCGGUUCCUGGGAUAGCACGGUGAAGCUCUGGGACAUGGCAGCUGACGGGCAGCAGUUUGGUGAGAUAAAGGGCAAGGCAGCUGUGCUGUGCCUUUCCUACCAGCCUGACAUCCUGGUGACUGGCACCUAUGACAAGAAGGUGACCGUCUACGACCCCAGAGCCGGCCCAGCGCUGCUCAGGAGCCGGCGGCUGCACUCGAGCGCGGUGCUGGCGCUGCUGGCGGACGACCGGCACAUCAUCUCGGGCAGCGAGGACCACACGCUCGUGGUGUUCGACCGCCGGGCCAACAGCGUCCUGCAGCGGCUCCAGCUGGACUCCUACCUGCUCUGCAUGUCCUACCAAGAGCCCCAGCUCUGGGCCGGCGACAACCACGGUCUGCUGCACGUCUUCGCCAACCGGGACGGCUGCUUCCAACUCGUCCGGUCCUUCGACGUGGGCCACAGGUCUCAGAUCACGGGGAUCAAACACUCGCUGGGGGCCUUGUACACCACGUCCACGGAUAAGACCAUCCGGGUACAUGUGCCCACAGACCCACCAAGGACCAUCUGCACCCGCAGCCACGACAACGUGCUGAAUGGGAUCUGUGCUGAGGGCAACCUGGUUGUGGCCGCCUCCGGGGGCCUGUCGCUGGAAGUCUGGAGGCUCCAGGCCUGA